AUGUGGAUGUUGGCUGUGCUGAUGACAACGGUGGUACUGGAGGCGUCCCCAUCCUUGGGGUUCUUCGACCUAUUCAACAAGAAUUGGAACAAGGGCCACAAGACCGGCGGCUCCUACAAGAAUCCAGUUUAUGGCUACAAGGGGCUUUACAAUGCCGGCAUAUACCUAGUUAGCCCGGUUUACGGAGGAGUGGCUGGCGGAGGGACUGUCGGGAGUGGUGGAUACAACGUUGGUGCCGGAAAUGUUCCAUUCGGCAGUAGCACCGGAAGUGGCAGCGAGUUCAAUAUAAAUUAUGGAAAUGGAAACGAUGGGACUGAUACUGGCAUCGGUAGUGGAGGUACUGAAAGUGGAUUUGGCACAGACAUAAGCAGUGGGAGUGGGUUUAGCAAUGUCAGCGGAAGUGGAGGAUUUACUGUAAAUGCCGAAAGUGGAAAUGGUGUCGAUGUCGGUACAGGAAAUGGAACCGGGUUCGGAGUUAGUUCAGAAAUUGGAACCGGGUUCGAAGUCAGUACAGGGAGUGUAACCGGUUUUGGUAUAGGAAGUGGAACCGGGUCCGGAAGUGGAAUAAUUGGUGGGAAUGGUGGAGAGAAAUGUCCGACGACGACGCUGCCAGUGGUGACGGAGGUUACACAGACAUGGGUGACCACCGACUAUGUGACAGUGCCCCAGCAGCUCACCAUCGUCGAUUUCACCACCAUUCCCUUGGAGAAGACGCUGCUAGUUACUGCCACGGCCAUCACCACCCUAGUCAAGCCCCGAGAGGUAGGGUACUGGACCAGCACCAGGGUUGUCUAUGCCACUGGUACCCUGACAGAGGGCAAACUAAUGACUGUCACGCAAUUACUGACAGAGACUACGUUAAUAAAGGUCACCAGUACGUCCACCAGGACUCUGGUGGUCACGCAGCUGUCUACUGUGGUACGCACCGUCACUAAACAGGAGUUGAAGACAGCCACCAGGACGCUGGUGACAACACGCACAGUUGCCACGUACCAGUACAUCACCAAGACUGUCACUACCAGCUUCCACACACUCACCAACACUGUUGUGACCGUACCUCAGCUCCAGCAAGUGACAACGACGGAGGUGGCCUGGAACCCCAUCACCAUCACCCAUACAAAAACUAAGACGGCCUACAAGACAGAGUUGCAACAGUGUGGCGGGUACUGAAGGCGGCAUGGACGGAGUUCCACCGCCUGCAGGGGGGCUGGCAAGGGCAUGCUGGCAAAGUGAUCUCUGUCCCAACGGACUCAUGCUCCUGACUCCUGCUUCCUCUAGCAUGCUUUCCCCUCCAAACCUCUACAGUACCCUCCCUCAAGCAAGCUUCCAUCUGCCCUAACACGUGUUUGCUGUAGCACAUAUUCCCCCUCACUUUGACUUACAUAUAUCAGAUAUAUCUCCCUCUACACGUUUAACACACUCCUUUCCUUCUAGCACUCAUCACUAUCAUCUCUCAUUCCCCUCCCUGUAAUGAAAGAAAUUACGUUGACUGUGACAAACCUCUGGCUCAUCACAGUCAACUCACUGACCUUAUAUACCACUGCAGUGCUUCAAGAGUGGAAUUCCACUCUUGAAUGUAUCAGAUAGGAAAAAAAGUUACUAGCACAAUACCACAAAAUUCAGUUUCUAAUACUGGUAAUGUUUAUUAUCUAUAUGAAUGAUCUACCAGAGGGGAUACAGAGUUAUAUAAACAUGUUUGUUAAUUAUGCUAAACUGCUAAGGAAUAGAUGACUAAUGCCUUUUAAGAUGAACGUGAACAAACAUUACUGGGGCAACACUUGGUAGAUGGAAGCAAAGAGGAAUGUUUUAACCUG